GAAGAAUUCCUAUUGGAGGAGUAAAAUGUACAAGCAAAACAUAUGUCAUAAGUCGAACUGAUCCAGUGAGUGGACCUUCAAAAGCAAUUCAAUCAUUUAUUGAAAGAUGAAGGACCAUUUGUGCAAUUAAAUUUAUACUGAAAAACACACCCAUUCACAUGAUUUGCAUGAGCAGACAACGUAGAAUGUGACUGCUAUCCUGAGAUCCUGUACUUCCUGGCAAUUAUCUCUGAGCAAGACAUAAUUAGUUAAACUUAGUAUUCAUCAUACAGAAGAGAUAUUUUAGUACAGUGACACACUUGUCAGGCCUCCCCAAAGACCUAUUCAGUUAAGAAGAGCUGCCCUUAUUUGCCCCUUGGGUCACCACAAAUUCUUAAAUUUUAUUUUGCCAUUUGAUAGCCUAUUCAGUUGCUUCCUUUGGUAAGCCCUUGUUUAGAUACGAUUAUUGAUCAGUGGGAUUUUUUCCCAUUUCAACUCAUUAAACACAUCUAUCUCUGUUCUGCUUAAAGUUUGCUUAAAGUACUAUGAAGUUGUUUUACUUAGGGUUUAAAGUUACAAUUUGGCAUGUCAUCAUUAAGUGCUGUUAGUGUUAACUUUAUCAGAAUGAGAAUGGAGCAAUGUUAGAAAAUAACAUUCCAUUUUCUAAUGCUAGAAAAUAAAAGAGCAGUCUGGGUGAUCGGUUAGGAUAUUUAUGAAAUUGUGCUUAUUUAAAAAUAUUUAGCAUUCCUGUGGUAAAUAAAAUCAUAGUUAUUGCUUGACUAUUAGUUAUACAAUACAUGUCUGGAAACCAUUUCUGUUUACAAGUGGCCCAAAACUAAAUAAUGUAGCAGAUUUGUAUAAGCUACUCUCAUUCUUAUUUUAUAACUAGUCCUUUUUGCUAGCAUGUAUAAAAAGUUAUGUUCACAAAUAAAGUUCAACUUUCAUUUAGAAUUGUGUGUUCCCUGGCAUGUCUAUUAUACAUCUUAUAGCUCUGUUUAAAAGUAUAUGGUUUUAAGCAGGCUUGCAAACAGCUCUAGAAAAUCCACUAAUUCAGAGACUGCCUACAAACAUUUCUGUUAACUGCACUAAAGGAAAGAGCAAGGUUCCAUUUGGAGGUUGUCAGGUUUUGCAGUUCAGCUGUUUCAAGCCUAUUUGAAACUAGGGUACACGAAGAUGAUGUUCAUUGAAUCAAGUAAAAACUUUCUAGCUGCUAUGCUAACACACAAAAAUGCUAUAUUGAUGAAAUCUAGAAAAGGAAAUAUUGGGGGCAGGUGUGUGUUUCUUUUUUAGGUCUGCGUGAAGUCUUGUCACCUAGUGGGGUUUUUUUUCGGGUUUGGAGAGGAGACUUCAGUACCUACAUGUAAUUAGCCAUUCCAUAGCCAGAGCUUAGAAUUAGCUUAAUUCAGAGUGGGGGUGCAAGUGUUAGAUUUUGAGUUGUUAGGGUAUAAAUGGAGGAUUAGUCGUUCCCUACUGUGCUUGAUAACAGAGUAAUGUAUGGUCCAUUAAAAAGUAAAGAUUCCUUUCAGUCAGCCUCGAAUCCUGGUCACUAUAUACAAGGACCUCGUGUAGUUCUUGGAAACAAUAGAGUGGCUUGCUGUUGCCACUUUCUGAGGCUGUUUUGCUUUGUUUUUAACUUCUCACUGUGGCCUGCUGCACUAGAAUUCACCAUCCAACUACUAAGUAGCUCUGAGACCUUUCAUCUUUUUUUUUAUCAGCUAGGUUGGCUAGGUGCUCCCAUCUAUUGUGGCCUUAUGUAUACAAGUCAUGUUCUUUGCCGGGACCCCCCAGAUCCUUUUGUGAUGAGUAAAUGCCCCUUGUUUCUUAGGAAGACAGAAUAUCUGGUAUACAUAUAUCUUCCUCGGUUCUCCACAAAUGGCACAAAUUCAGUGUAACAGUGUGCAAAGAUCAUGUCUCAUGUGCCCUGUUUCUGUGGGGAAGUGAAAGAGCACCAUGAUGGCUGCUCAUCUAGGAAUCCCUUGUUUUGUGGUGCCUGCUGCUAUUUUCUUCCUGUAUGAUAUCUUUUGUCUGACAUCCUUAAAUACAACUAUUAUCAUCUUUUUGUAUGGCAUUACAUUUCAAAACCUUCCUUACCAUACUUGAAAUUAAAGAUAGUUUAGUGACUAAAAUGAGAGUCUUAGCCAUUUUGAAGAAACAUUUUGAGUCAUUUAGUUUGUGUAGUUUUGGCCAGUGUUUGACUCCUAGUCUGUUUUGAUUCUCUUUCCUUGCCUUCUUUCCUCAGUCUGUUCCCUUUACUUAACAGUUUCCAUAAUGGUCACUGAAUCCUAAGAGGUUUUUAGACGUCAUAUAUAGGGCUACUGUACAUACAGCCGUUUUUAGGUACUAUACACAUACCUGUAUGACUUUGCUAAAAAUGUGUGUCAUUCACAUAGUUGAACUAAUGCUGAGAAAAAUAAAAAUACAUGGCCAUCCAGACAGCUAGAAAUCUGGUGAUUGUGCCUAGGAAUUUCUCAGAGUUGAUAAGACUGGCAGCAAAUUAUUUCUCUGAUUCUUUAGUAUUCACUUAAAGUAUGCUCUGACAUUAGGUGCAAAAUUUGAAUCAGUAAUUGGUGACUGCAGUGACAGAUUCUCACAUCUGUAAUGAAACUCAAAUGGGCUCAGAUUUGGAUGAAUGACAUCUCAGUUAAAAUUAAAAUGUUUGAAGGGUAAGAAACCAGCAUUAAAGAAGGUGGUACAGGGCUACCAGCUGCUAGCAGACACAGAUUCACAUAUUUCUGUUAUUCUAAUGGCCAAUACAGUACUGAUUUAUUUCAUAAGAGAUGCAAAUUUGUCUGUACUAACCUGUUUCAAAGAGAGCUAGAUAAUAGUAGCUGUUGCUAUAUUCAGUCAUUUUUUUCCUCUGGUGGUCCAACCAUCUGUUUGUGUUCAGUUUAUCUAUUUUACGUUCUUGCCUUGUAAAAAGUGUUUUGGCAUCCCACAUGUUAUUUCAAACUCCAUUUUAAAAUAAAGAUUUUAAGUACUGUUUAAAAAAGCAAUACUUUUUAUCAAGCUACUGCGUGGCUACUUGGUAGCCCAGUAAAAUGCUUCAAAAUGAACAGGAAACCUAAAACUGCACAAAUAUCUGCAGUUGGAAUUCAUCUGGCAAAUUUAUAUAUUGAACAUGUAGUCCAUAAUCGCAUUAUUUCUUCCUGAUCCAUGCAGUCACCUCCUGGAUUUCUUCCAUGUAUGAAAUAAUGAGGAAUGUGUGUUCAAUAUUGUAUAAACGAGACAGUAAUUUUAAUAGAAAAACAAUUGGGAUUGAUGGGAUAUGUCUGAAGGAGUUGGUUGCAGAACCUUCUGAUAUCCCCGGCUGGUUCUCAGUAGAUGUUAGAGCCAGGUGUACGUGCAUGUGCUGCUAGUGCACCACUGUUCCACUAUAGUAUUGGCUUUUUGUGCUGGAUCUGAACGGCAGCUGUCAAUUUGCAUACAUAAAACCAAAGGGAUGCCUUCGGGCAACUUCAGAGCUGGUCACUUUGGUAUACACAACAGGUUCUUCCCCUGUAAGAUCCCCCUGACCUCGGGGUUCAUUCUGGGGACACAUGCUGAGUCCCAGGAGAGAUAGAUAUGAAGCUUCCACUACUGUAAAUAGCAAUCAGAAGCUAGAAGGAGAAUAUGUAAUUCAAUUAUGCAUUAACAGUAUAGGAAAUUGAAUGUUUCAUAACCGAAACAUAAUCCAUUUUUCUUCAUUGGCCUUGUUGCAAGACACCUGAAGAAUGUUUGCCUGUGCAAAAUACCAUUUUGAUUACUUUUGCCAAGCAUUAAUUAGAACUGUAACUUAAAAAUGUAAUUUUAAUUUUUUUUUUGGUGAGAUUGUCUUUGCAGACUGUGGCUUUAUUGACAAGAUGAUUGCUAAAGCCCAGUCUUGAUAUACUUGAUCUAUGUUAGAAGAAACAUAGAUUUCUUCCCUUAGAAGAAAGAGCUAGAGUUCUCGUACUUUAUGCCCUGUCUGUACACGAGAGGUGCUUAUCCCUUCGUGGUGGUUGGCAUCGGAUCAUGCAUGCCUGUUUAUGGGGCAUAACAUGGUAGUCAUCAUGGACAUAACUGCUUUAAGAGUAGGUUAAUUUUAUGACUGGAAUUCUGAAAUUUAUCACAUAAUUGCAGUUUGCCUGAUUUAGUUCUAGGACUGCCUCUGUAUGCUAAAUAGAGAUUUCAUUAGGUUUAAGUUAGGACUGGAAAAUAUGUCUUAUAUCCCUGGUUUUCUAGAACUGGAAAAAAAACCUUGUCACUCCUAGUUUAUAUAAUACCAAGUUUAGGAGUGUGUUAAUAAAAAAAUCAUGAAAUAUCUAUGUAUUUUUAAAAUUAUUCAUUAAAAUGCAUAAAUAUUUAUUUUGCACACUUAAUUUCAGCAUCUUAUAUUCAAUACUUCUCACAGAACAUCUAAGGGAUCCCUCAUUGUUAUCAGCAUCCUAAUGGUUUUUCUUUAAGCGCGGCAUCUAUCAUCUUCUAAAGCUUAGAAUCACCCAAAUUUUUAACACAUCUAAAUGAAAAAGUCUAUAAAUAUGCUCUUUCCCACAACUUGUUUGAACAUUUUUUACAUCUACUUCUCCCACAGCAUACAUUACAUAAAAAUUGAAGGUUUUUAACCUUAACCUACUUUAAUAUUUAAAUGUAGCAUUUUUUGACUUUGGAAAAUGUAAGCUUGUUUAUAUUGGUUAUACAACAUAGCCAAAGUUGAAGCUAUUAGGUGAAUUGGGGAUCCUAGCUUAUUUUCUGCAGAACUGAAUAUUUUGUAUUUGACUGCACAGUCCAUAGAAGCAAAUGAUACCUCUCAACCAAAGUUUUCUUUGAAAAUUCCUCUCUGUAGAACAUAGUUUCAGGCUAAACCUUAAUACCACAGCUGAGGCUAAAUAUGUUGGCUACAUGUUGACUGUGGAACUUGAAUGUGUGUUUAAUUUUUUAUGAACAGAUUGAUGACUCUUCUGCAUCUAUUUCUCUGGCCCAGCUUACAAAGACCGCCAAUCUGGCUGAAGCCAAUGCUUCUGAAGAAGAUAAAAUUAAAGCUAUGAUGUCACAGUCUGGCCACGAAUAUGAUCCAAUCAAUUACAUGAAGAAGCCCCUGGGUCCACCACCGCCAUCAUACACUUGCUUUCGUUGUGGAAAACCUGGUCAUUAUAUAAAGAUCUGCCCAACCAAUGGGGACAAGAACUUUGAGUCUGUUCCCAGGAUUAAGAAGAGUACUGGAAUUCCACGAAGUUUCAUGAUGGAAGUGCAGGACCCUAAUACAAAGGGUGCCAUGCUUACCAACACGGGGAAAUACGCUAUUCCAACUAUUGAUGCCGAGGCUUAUGCUAUUGGGAAGAAAGAGAAGCCCCCUUUCUUGCCAGAGGAGCCAUCAUCUUCCUCAGAGGAAGAUGAUCCUAUUCCAGAUGAAUUGUUGUGUCUGAUCUGCAAGGAUAUCAUGACUGAUGCUGUGGUGAUUCCCUGUUGUGGAAAUAGCUACUGUGAUGAAUGUAUCCGAACAUCCUUGCUAGAAUCAGAGGAACAUACCUGUCCAACUUGUCAUCAGACAGAUGUUUCUCCUGAUGCUUUAAUUGCCAACAAAUUUUUACGCCAGGCUGUAAAUAACUUCAAAAAUGAAACAGGCUACACUAAAAGGCUCCGCAAGCAGGCCCCGCCACCAAGACCGGCAAUUCAGCGGAACGUGCCUUCUGUGCCGAGGCCAACAGGCUCUAGGCAGCAGGAUCCCCUCAUCCUUCCAGUCACUUCUGCUCCUGUUCAUGGCACUGCGUCUCCCCCCUUGUCUUUGACGCCUGGCCAAGCACCCCCUACAACAAGCACGUUGGUCGUGAGCCAGUCUGCCACCACCUCAGUCAGUGAUGUGCCUGCAGCAAUAUCCAUGGCAAUUCAUGCUGACAAGCCUGAAGGACCUUUCCGGGAGGGUGAUGGUAUUGGAUCAGCUGCUGCCAUUGUAUCAGCCUCAGAUCACACAAAACCACCUUCCUCUUUAUCAAUUAACACUGUGCUGGAAGAGAAGGGCUAUCAGGUUCCUGUGCUUGGACAACCAGCCUUGCCUGGGCAGCUGAGUUCUCAUGGGCAUUCAAUACCCACUAUGGGUCAGCCAAUGAGAACAAAUCCUGUCCGCUCUGCAGCCAGUAGGUCAGGCUGGGAGCCAAGUUCAAACCGAGGACGCCCGCAUAGUGACCGUACACAAAGGACUCAGGCCCCAACACUGCCAGCCUCAACACCAGUCUUUGUGCCCGUGCCUCCACCUCCCCUGUAUCCUCCUCCUCCCCACGCACUUCCUCUUCCACCGGGGGUACCUCCACCACAGUUUCCUCCUCAGUUUCCACCUGGUCAGCCUCCACCAGCUGGGUACACUGUCCCCCCUCCGGGAUACCCCCCGGCUCCAGCAAACAUAUCAACACCAUGGGUACCAACACCAGUACCAACGGCUCAUUCAAAUGCCAUCCCAACGACACAAGCUCCUCCUUUAUCUAGGGAGGAGUUUUACAGAGAACAACGGAGACUUAAAGAGGAGGAAAAGAAAAAGUCAAAGCUUGAUGAGUUUACAAAUGAUUUUGCUAAAGAACUGAUGGAAUAUAAAAAAAUUCAGAAGGAACGCAGGCGUUCUUAUUCCCGGUCCAAAUCACCAUAUAGUGCAUCUUCCUAUUCAAGAAGUUCUUACACAUAUUCAAAGUCAAGAUCUGGCUCAUCCCGCUCUCGAUCUUACUCUCGGUCAUUCAGCCGCUCCCAUUCUCGUUCCUACUCAAGGUCACCCCCGUACGCCCGGAGGGGCAGAGGCAAGAGCCGUAAUUACCGCUCCAGGUCAAGAUCGCAUGGAUAUCAUAGAUCAAGGUCUAGGUCACCCCCCUACAGAAGGUAUCAUUCUCGGUCAAGAUCUCCAGCAUAUAGAGGCCAGUCCCCAAAUAAGCGCCCUAUUCCUCAGGGAGAAGGGGAACGGGAGUAUUUUGGUCGAUACCGAGAAAUCCCAGUUUAUGACAUGAAAGCAUAUUAUGGGAGAUCUGUGGAUAUGAGAGACCCCUUUGAGAAAGAGAGAUACCGUGAUUGGGGAGAGACUUACAGAGAAUGGUAUGAAAAAUAUGUGAAGGGCUUUCCAGUUGGAGCCCAACCCAGACCUUUGCUUAACAGAGAAAACUUCUCCCCAGAACGAUUUGGCCCUCCUGGACCGAGAAGAGAGAAUUCCCCAUACAUUCGGGGUCGCAGAGAUGAUUAUCCUGGAGGGCUAGGGCAUCGAAACCGAAAUCUAGGGGGUGGCUACUCUGAAAAGCUGCCAAGUAGAGAAGGCCACAGUAUAAAAGACAUGACAAAACUGAAGGACAAAGAAAUUGACAAUCCUCCAGGGGAUGCAAAAGGGAAUAGACAUAAAAAACACCGGAAGAGAAGGAAGGGAGAAGAAGGUGAAGGUUUUCCUAGCACUGACUUGUUGGAAGGCUCACGAAAGCCUGCUGCUGGCGAAGAGGGCAGACCUGACCCCCUCUUUGUACCCCCGAGCAGGGAUGAUGCCACUCCUGUCCGGGACGAACCGAUGGAAGCUGAUUCGGUUGCCUUUAAACCCGUCUCUGACAAGGAGAGGAAAGAGAAGCCGAAGGGAAGAGUGGAAAAGACAAAGCAAAAAACAGCAGAAGGGGCUGCUAUCACCAAGAAAGAGAUGCAAGUCAAACCAGCUAAAGUAGCACCUCAGGAGAAGGCAGAAGCUGAUCGUGAAAAAUCCCCACGGGCUGACCCUCCUGCCAAAAAAGUGAAGGAAGAAUUGCCAAAGGUUGAUGGCCCCAAACCAUCCUCUCAGAAGGAUGAAAAACCUCCGAGUGUACCCCGUAAAGUCCAUCCCCGAGGUGCAAAAGAGCAUCUGGAGGCCAGGUCCGCCAAAGAGGAGAAGGCCAAGAAGGAACAUCCCAAGGAAAUCAAACAGGAGAAGCCGUCCAGCAAGGAGGAAAAAUCCAAGAAGCCCAUUGACAAAACCAAACCAGCAGAUGCCAAACCUGAAAAAAGGAAGAGAAAAGUGGAGGACAAAGUUGAUAAGGAGCCCGAAACUACAUUGCUAAAAGCUUCCAAGCAAGAAGUCACAGAAUUGAAACCAUUGCCAAAGGGGAAAAAUGAGCCAGAAACAGAGAAAACAGAGAAGACCCCUGAGAAAGACAAAACCAAUUUACCAGUUGUUCCUGCAAAGAAGAUUAAGCUGAACCGAGAAACUGGCAAAAAGAUUGCAAGUGCUGACAAUGUCCCUCCGGUGAAAGAACCAUCAGCUGAGAAGCCUGAGCCAGCGGGGAGCAAAGUGAAGCAAGAGAAAGCCAAAGGGAAACUGAGGAGAAAAGUGGCAGCAGCUGACGGAUCUGGCUCAACACUGGUUGAUUAUACCAGUACAAGCUCUGCUGGAGGCAGUCCAGUGAGAAAGCCAGAAGAUAAGCUAGACACGAAGCGCACCGUCAUCAAGACUAUGGAAGAGUACAACAAUGACAUUACUGCCCCCGCUGAAGAUGUCAUCAUCAUGAUCCAGGUUCCCCAGUCAAAGUGGGAUAAGGAUGAUUUUGAUUCUGAAGAAGAAGAAGAGAGUGUUAAAUCUGCACAAGUUCCUUCUGCCAUUGGGAAGCCAACUAGCGUCAUAAAGAGUGUCAGUACAAAGCUACCCAAUCCCAUCAAACACAGUGAGAAGGAUCCUGAGCCAUUGGAGAGAAAUCUGAGAGCCACAAAAGAACCUGCCCGUGAAACUUCCCAGCCUGACCCCAAAACCUCCAAAACUGUGACAUCAAAUGAGAAAGGGAAGGCCAAAGACAGGGACCAUGCUGCAUCUGACAGAGAGUCUUCUGAGAAAAGGAAGAGUGGGGUUCAACCAGAGAAGGAGCGUUCUGAGCGUGUGGCAGAGCAAGGAAACGUAAAGAGUGGAUCUUCUCACUCCUCCAGGGAUAGCAGAUCUUCAGACAAACAUGAUUCUGCCCAUGGGUCCUGUGCAAAGGACUUUACUCCUAACCGAGACAAAAAGUCAGACUGUGACAACAGCAGGGACUAUUCCAGUUCCAAACGAAGAGAUGAAAGGAGUGGGCUCGCACGAAAGAAAGUGUCACCUUCACGUACCCGGGAACCAGCCACCUCUGCAUCGAAGAGUAAGACCAGGGAUGAGCGAGCAGAGCAGCCCAAGAAAGAAGGCUGGGACUCCAAGCGGAGCAGUUACAGCCCUCCAAGGGACCGAAGGCAGAACGACCAAAAAAACGCCUACGAUUCCAGGCGUUCAGCAGAACAGCCAAAGUCCCAAGAGAGGGGCUCAGGCAGAGAGAGAGAGAAGCGCCCAUCAUCUGAGGCCUGGAGCAGCAAAGAGAGGGUGACAUGUGGAAACAAAUCUGCAUUCAGGCGGUGCUCUCCAGAAGCAAAGGAACAAGGGGCUCCGCAGAACGACAAGAAUGCCAUCAAGCCAAAGCCUCAGCUGAGCCACACCUCCCGGCUCUCUUCUGACCCAGCAAGAGAAACGGACGAGGCAGCUUUUGUCCCAGACUACAACGAAAGUGACAGUGACAGCAACGGUUCAGCAAAACAGGACAGCUCCCCAGGGAAAAAACCCAGAGAGGGGAAGGACAAACCGAAAGAGGCCGUGGUAGCCGCACUGGCCCCCCAGCCGGGCCGCAGCCGGAGCCAGAGCCCCAGCAGCCCCAGCCCCAGCCCCUCGGAGAGCCAGGGCCGGAGCCGCAGCAGCAGCGCCAGCUCUGCAGACAGCCAGGACAGCAAGAAGAAGAGGAAGAAGAAGGACAAGAAGAAGCACAAGAAGCACAAGAAGCACAAGAAGCACAAGAAACACCCCGGCACCGAGUCAGAAGCCGAGAAGAGCCAGAAACAUAAACACAAGAAAAAGAAGUCGAAGAAGAGCAAGGAGAAGGAGAAGGAGAACCCCAAAGCAAAACCUGUCCCGGUCUAGGGGGCAGACGGACUGAGUCACCGGGACGACAUUCUGUCCUAAUGUAAAGAUGCGAGAGCCUUGUACAUAAUGCUACGACGGGCCCCGUGCUGCACUUACCGAAUUGCUGCUUGAUUUGAUUUUUACAUCAGAGCUUUAUAAAGUGAACAUUUUGUACAGACUUGUGAGUUGUGACCAUGUAAUAUGAGAGAAGGAGGGUGGGUAAGUUUUCUUUUUAUUUGGGGGGCAUUUUAUUUUUAUCCACCAUUACGUUAGUUUGGGUGGAGUUUACUGUACUGUGAAAAAUUUCACACUUUUUUUUAAUUGCCUGUCAGGAUAAAUAAAAGGGCUGGUAUCGGUUCAAAAUAUCAGCUUGCAGGAUUCGUUACAGCCCUGUUCUGUUACUUUUGGAUGAUAAAUAAAAAAAAUU